AUGCAUGCAUCAAAAUUUGAACACAUGAUUGGGUCAACCAGCCUACCACCCAAGAUUGAAGGUCAGGUAAGAAGGUACAUCAAAGUAGAAAUACCAUUCCUGAGUUGGGUACCUCCGACCCCGGCUCAGGAUGCUCUGGUCAAAGUUCUCUGGUGGGGAGAGGAGGGGGGUGGAACAGUAUUUAGGCCUGGCAGAAGUAGAAAGCAGAGGAAGGAUGCAUCUGAGAUGACAUGUGCAUUGUAUCAAGUCAGAUCUGGUCCCAAACAAUUUCUUGAGUACCUCAAAGACAUGAAAGUUCUCUGUCUGCAAGUGAUCCAGGCCACCAACAAUAACGCUAUAGGGCAGGCAUUCAUCCAAAGGUUGCACCAGUUGUCUCCAGGCAAACCUAUCAAAGGGUUGUACCCAGUGAUCACUUCGUCCAACACAAAGGUUGCAGACAUACAGAUCAACAUAUCCAUGGAGCCACUAAACAGUUAG